AUGGGAAAACACCAAAAACGGCCAGAAGUCCGCGUUAAAUUCAAAAUCGAUGAGCUUUUCCAUCGAUUUAUGAAUUCUCCCGGCGUCUAUGAAAAAUUGCUAGAAGCUCAUUCUCUCGCUCUUCGUGGAAUCAACCCUUUGGAUACGACAGGAACGGCCACCGUGAAUGAGAAGAAGAAAAAUGCUUUCUGUUCGAGUUCUGAUGAAGAAUAUGAAGAAGUCAAACUGUCGCCUAGACCGCCUUCUGCUGGAACAAGUCCUCGUGGUCGCCGAGCCGACAGCACUGGCUCAACGGGAUCCAAAAGCUCGAUCGCUGUUACUGAAAAGCCAAAACAACCGAAAGAGCGAAUUCCAAGAUUCUACUUUCCGACUGGAAUGCCGCGCGAAGAAAAGCUCGAUCCUUGCCGAGAUCUUCCGGAGUCCUCGCGAAGCUUACUCGAUUUUGAGCUGUUUUGCGAAAGAGCCAAAUUGCCGAAAUCUUGGAGAAUUUUGAUCCCUUGGUCGAUUCAACGAGACCAGGGAGUACAGCUAUUCAAUGACAAGUUACUGUACAUUGGAAACGUCCCAAAACGCAAUCUGGAAGUUCUGUGGCAAGAAAUCGAACACAUUACGGACCUGUAUCUUCUCUUCACGCGCUUGGUAGAGGGAGGCGAGCUCAUCAACAUCGAUUCUCCUGGAAUGAAAUAUCUCAUUUUCGAUUUGAUCAACUGUCAACCGACCAUUGCGUAUCUAAAGAACAGUCCCAGCUUUCAUUAUCCUUACGCGAGAGCUGUCAUCGAAAGAUUAGCUUAUAACGCCCACUGCUGGGGUAGAAAUCUCACUGCCAAGAUGAUCAAACGCACGGACUUCCUCUCUGCCCUCGACUACGUCUUCGAGCCGGGCAACGACGUCAACAACGAGCCGCACUUCUUCAGCUACGAGCACUUCUACGUCCAGUACUGCGAAUGGUUCGAGCUGGACACGCGCCAAACGCAAAUGCUGACUUUUAACCAGCUUUCUCGCUACUCGUCACACACAGUCAACCCGAAAGUUUUCAGUAGAAUGGCCCAGGCGACGAAUAGAUAUAACACCGAAGGGGUCGACUUUGGCGACUUUAUUUGGUUCAUCAUGUCGGAAGAAGACAAAACGCACUCGACAGCGAUCGAAUAUUGGUUCAGGAUUCUUGACUUUGACGGAGAUGGAAUCGUUACGAUGUACGACUUGCAACAAUUCUAUUACGAGCAAAUCGACAGGAUCAGCAGCGACGUCACUGCAGAAGAUGGAGACUUCAAAUUCGAAAACAAAAUGGACGAAAUUCUCGAUCGACUUGGAGCGGCGAUUAAUGAAGAUCCAAAUGAACUGGCGAAGGGAAUCAGACUCGAGCACCUGAAGCGAGCAAAGGGGCAAGCUGCUCCACUCAUCGACACGUUUAUAAGCCUGGACAAAUACAUGGAUAGCGAAAGUGAAGAGCAAAAGGUCCAAGACGACUGUUUCGCUGGCUACUCUCCCUGGCAGAACUUCGUCCGCCAAAAAUAUAACGAGCUGCAAGAUGAAGACGAUCAAGUUUGA